CGCGAGGCCGCGCGCGCGCGAGCGACGCCGACGGAUCGAGCGACAUGCGCCCCAUCCUGCUCAAGGGCCACGAGCGCCCGCUGACGUUCAUCAAGUACAACCGCGAGGGCGAUCUGCUGUUCACGUGCGCGAAGGAUCAUCACCCGACGCUGUGGUACGGCGAUAACGGCGAACGCGUCGGGACGUACGUCGGACACAACGGCGCGGUGUGGACGUGCGACGUGAGCGAUGACUCGUCGACGCUCGUCACCGGGAGCGCGGACACGACGGCGAAGCUGUGGGACACGAAGACGGGGGAGUGUUACUUUACGUUUGAGUUCGACCAGCCGGUGCGGGCGGUGGCGCUGAACGCGGGAGGGACGCAGUGCGCGAUCACGACGGAUCCGUUCAUGGGAGUGCCGAGCGCGAUACAUAUCGUGAAUGUGAAUCUCGGGGAUCGAGCGGCGCAGCGAGGGGAGGUGGUGAAGAGGAUUGAGGGACCGCAAGGGCGGGUGACGCGCGUGAUGUGGGGACCGCUGAACAAGACAGUCGUCACGGGGGGCGAGGACGGGAUCAUUCGAAGUUGGGACGUCGAGACGGGUGAUGUCUUGAAGAUGUCGCAGGAACAUUCGAAGCAGAUUCAGCAUUUGGUGAUGAGCGACGAUGGCUCGCACUUUAUCAGCGCGUCGUUGGAUAAGACGGCGAAGGUGUUCGACAGCGAGACGUUGGAGUGCCUGAAGACGUACAGCGCGGAUCGUCCGGUGAACGCGGCGAUUUUAUCGCCGAUUAGAGAUCACAUCGUGCUCGGUGGUGGUCAAGACGCGAUGGCGGUGACGACGACGAGCUCAAAGGCGGGGAAGUUUGACUCUAAAAUUUACCACAAGAUUUUUGAAGAGGAAAUCGGCGGCAUUCGCGGACACUUCGGUCCGAUCAACGCCCUGGCGUUCAAUCCCGAUGGUCGCUCGUUCACGAGUGGCGGGGAGGAUGGUUACGUUAGAAUUCAUCCCUUAGAUAAUUCUUACUUCGAAAUCCCUUAGGAAGACCGAACGACCAACGCGUUGUAAUAGAAAACUGAAACGAAACACGUUUUACGCGUCGUCGUAUUCAUCAUUACAGCUCAUCGCGCGCGCGCCAGACGCGCGACUCUACGGAACUUUGAGCCCGAUCACCCACGCCAAUUUCUCGGCGAACGCAAGCAAGGCUUCGUCGGUGCCUCGUCUGGACAUGAGCAUCAAGCCGACGGGUUCGCCGGCUAUUUCAAUAGCGGGCAAAACGACGCACGGUAAUCUCGCGAUCGAGCCGGGAGCACCGAUCGCGAGCGCCGCGUUUCGCGCCUCGGCGAGCUUACUGAGAGACUCUUCGCUAUCGUAAUCGGUGGCCAUCGGCGCCGGCCCGCGCGCGGCGGGAAGGAGCAAGAUAGAACCGUCGGCGAGGAGCGCGUCGAGAUGGUCGGUGAUGCGUUCGCGUAACUCGCGGUGAUGCGUCAUGGUCGCCGCGUCGACCCCGGCCUCGGCGAGACGAAACCUAUCGCGAAUUCCAGGACCGAAUUCCGGUCUGUGCUCGGUGAUCCACGCGCCGUGAGAUCCCCAGACUUCGGCGGUUUGAAUGACGCGAAAAGUCUCGCUCCACUCGGUUAUGGGGGGCAACGCGCUCCUCCCGCUCUUGUCCGUCAAACCGACGUCGGAGAGCAUGAGAUCGACCAGCCCGAACGCGUCUGGCGUCGCGCCACCCCGCGCCUCGAUGAACACGCGUUUGACGCCCUCUGAGGAUAAAACUUGACGGAUCUCGCGCCUCACAGCGGGAUCGACGAGCGCAAAGGCGUCGCUGCACAUCGCCAGUCGCCCUUUACCGAUUUUCGCGCUCGUCUCCGCGUCUUUAGUGUCGGGGUCGAGUAAAACGUCUCCCAACACGCGCAGUGUCUUCGCGUCCUUCGCAAACCACCCCACGGUGUCGAAACUAUGACUCAACGGCACCACGCCGUCCGUCUCCACCCUCCCGUGCGUCGGCCGCGCGCCGUACAAUCCACAAAAACUCGCCGGCAACCGCACGCUCCCGAUCGUAUCCGUCCCGAUCGCGAUAUCC